AUGGCACAGAAACCAUUUAGUGAUGAAACAAUUAGUGCUAUAUUACCACUUCUCGAUGAUACAAAUUUUGUACGUGAAUUAGGCGAGGAAUUAAAACAGGUCUUUAAGAAAGACAAGGGAUUUGACAAGAAGAUGUUUGAACGUCAAUUAUCGGUAAUGCGUGGACAGAUCUUCAAUUUGAGAGAAGCGCUUCGCACGAAGAAAAUGCCUGCUCAGUAUAUGGUGGAAGUGAAGCAGAAAAAGCGACGACAACGUUUUCGUUCAGAAAAUGAGGAUCGGACAGACAAUGAAUGUAAGUCUUGA